AUGGAAAAAGUUUUCAAUAAAACUUGUAAUGCUCUAUCACGAUUUGGUGAACAUGUUGAACGUCGAUUUUCAACAGAUGGACAUUCUAGAUCAAGGUCAAGUGCUUCAUUCGGAGGUCCUGCAAUGCCUUUUCCACAACAAAUGGAUAGAAGACAACCACAAAACAAUAUGUUUUAUCAAAAACAAAGAAAUAUGAGCUAUGGAAGCAUGAGAGGAUUUGCACAAAAUAAUAUGCCUCCUAAUCCUAAUCAAGGUAAUUUUAAUCAAUAUCGACAAAAUUUAAUACAUCAUAGACAAGUAAAUGAGCAAGUGGAUAGACCAAAUUAUGGAGGUCAUAUUAGUCGUCAUAAUGGUAAUCAUCCUAAUGGUAAUUAUCCUAACGGUGGUCAUCCUAAUGGCAAUCAUCCUAAUGGUGGUCAUCCUAAUGGUAAUCAUCCUAAUGGUAAUCAUCCUAAUGGUAAUCAUCCUAAUGGUAAUCAUCAUAAUGGCAAUCAUCAUAAUGGCAAUCAUCCUAAUGGUGGUCAUGGUGGCCAUGGUGGUCAUCCCAAUGGUGGUCAGGGCGGUCAUGGUUCUAGUUCGAAAUAUGGUUACAACCAAAAUAAUGAUGGAUUUCCAGGCGGAUAUGGUAGUAUGGGUGGAGGUAUGGAUUGUCCAUCUGUCAAUGUAGGCUGUGCUCCUAAUUAUUAUGUUGCUGAACGUCGACAAAUCGAAUUGAUUCCAGCUCCACAACCACAAAUUAUUCAUCAGCCAGUACCCUGCCCUGUUCCAGUCGAUCGACCAGUACCUGUACCUUGUCCAAUUAUAGUACAAUGUCCUGUUCCAGUCGAUAGACCUGUACCUGUACCUUGUCCAGUUGCAGUACCAUGUGAACGACAAGUACCUGUUCCUGUGCCAGUUUGCGUUCCUUCACCAGCACCACCUCCAAUUUGUAUUCCAGUUCCUGUUCCAACUCCAGUUCCAUGUUAUAUACCGUGUUGCUGUCCUCCUCCACAACAACAACCACAACCAUGUCCUCCACCACCAUGUUGUUGCCCUCCUCCACAAAAUGGCUGCAUUGUUGAACAAUCAGUUACUCAACGUUGGCUUAGUGGGUCACCUGUUAUGGGUAACAAUCCAUAUGGAGCUUUAGGAAAUGGUGGUUUUGGUCGUUAG